CCAACGCGUUGCAGUCAUGUAAAUGAACUGUAAAAACCAAACAGCCUGCGUUAGCUUUACUGUAAUGACGUUAGCCUCCUGGAUGUUUUUCCGCCGUUAAUGAGUUUGGACACCGGGGACCGACAUCCAUGAACCUCUCCGGUCAUCUGAAGCACAAUCGCCGUGACCUCCGCGAAGUCAGCUCGGUGUCCACCGGCCGAUCCUGGAGGAAGUGGUGACCCUGCCUACCUGACAGCCUGCUUCUUCUUCCCCAUCCCUGCCCCGCCACCCGCUGUCCUGAUUGGGUCUCUGUGCUGCCGGCGGUGGAUUGGAGCACUCGGAUUGAAGGCUUUGUGAGGUGGUUUUUCGGUCUGGCGCCGCCUCCCCCCGGGGCCGGCGUGCGCUCCCAGCAGCCCGUGGUGCCCUGCGCCCCCCCCUCCCCGUCAGUGCACACCAGAGCCAAUGCCCAAGGAGGAAGCACGGUGCGUCCGCCAGGAGCCAUGUGCCUCCCUCACACCAACAACAUGGACAACAAGUUACAGGGGGCGGGGCAGGGGGGAGGGGCGGCACUUCGACCACGGGCAGGAGGCGUUCCACUGGAGCCUUUCAUCCACCAGGUGGGUGGUCACACCAGUAUGAUGCGUUAUGAUGACCACACGGUGUGUAAGCCUCUAAUCAGCAGAGAGCAGCGCUUCUACGAGUCUCUGCCUCCAGAGAUGAAGGAGUUCACCCCCGAGUAUAAAGGGGUAGUGAUGGUUUGUUUCGAAAGCGACUCUGACGGCUACAUCAACCUGGUGGCCUACCCCUACGUGGAGAGCAACACAGAGGGAGGGACGGCGGAGCACGAGGAGCGGGACCUCCCAGAGAGGGAGCAGCCGAGGAGGAAACACUCCCGGCGCAGCCUCCGGCGCUCCUCCUCCGCCGCCUCCGAACACAAGGACGAGCGGCCCGACAGGAGGGAGGCACACGACACCGAAACCUCUGAUAAUCUUGCAGAGCUGAAGAGUCCCAGGCUCGACCCAAAGAUCCACUCGGACGUUCCCUUCCCGAGUUGGAAUUUAAAAGGGUUUUAGUUAAAAAAAUCAGCCACAAACCCCGGGCCCCCCGCUGCCACCCAAAAAGCAGCUCAGCCCAUGAGAUCGAAUCCAAGGAAAACCCCAAAAAUCUUCAAGUUUCUGUUGUUGGAGAACGUGGUUCACCACUUCUCCUACCCCUGCAUCCUGGACCUGAAGAUGGGCACCAGGCAGCACGGAGACGACGCCUCCGAGGAGAAGGCGGCAAGGCAGAUCAGGAAAUGUGAACAGAGCACUUCGGCGACGCUGGGAGUCAGAGUGUGUGGCAUGCAGCCAGACCCCCUCCUCAGCGCUGUGGAGCAGGUCUGGCAUGCGAGAUACUAUCCAGGGGCCCGAUCCAAAAACACAAAUUCCUUUUUGUGGGAGGAUUUGGGACACCGCGUUAUUUUUUGUACUGUACUACUGUGUUUUAUUCUGUGUGUGGAAACAGAGGGCCCUUCAGUCCUCCCUUGGGCAGCUCAGCGUUGCCCCGGGGAAACUCUGUGGCCCCCCAGAGCCCCUCGUGGCCCCGGACCCCCCGCACCUCCCGGGCCCCCAAAAUCCAUUGAAACAACAGACCAGAACCCCAACCCCCGGGGCAGUGUCCCCUCAGGGGCCUGGACUGAUGGGUACACCCCCCCCUCCACUCGUCCUCCCCAACAGGCCCCACCCUCAAAGUCAGACGGGCCCCUCCUCCCCCCCCCCUUUCCCCCCGCCUCACCCUCAUCCAACUCCCUUUUGCCCGCUCCCAGCUUCAAUUCCUUCCCCUCUCCUCCCGCCCCCCAGCCCCAGCAGCCCCCCCUGGUGGACGUACGUAUGAUCGACUUCGCCCACUCCACCUUCAAGGGUUUCCGCGGCGACACGGCGGUGCACGACGGGCCGGACCGGGGCUAUGUGUUCGGACUGGAGAGCCUGGUCCAGAUCCUGGAGAACCUGCGCGACGACAACCUGCCGUAGCUCCAAACAAACACGCACACGCACACACACACACACACACACACACACACACACACACACACACACACACACACACACACACACACACACAGCUUGUUGUGAGUAAGUUCAGGUCAGUAUAGUCAGUGCAGGUCAUGCCGCUGAUGUUCUCAAGAACUGAGAUGGUUUGGCUGUAAAUACGGAACGAGGAUCUUCAGGGUGUCACCAUGGCAACGUGGGCAUUGUACAGUCGAGCAGUUACUACAGACAGUGGUGCCGAAAUGUCUGCAACUUCAAGCUAAAUGGAGAGCCUCUGUAAAACACACACACUCUCUCACCACACACACACACACAUACACACUUGUAUUUCUAUACUUGUGAGUACUUGACGUUCUUGCAUUCCCCAGCCCCCUAACGCUACCCUCAAUCAUCACAAUCUAACCUAAGAGUACCCUCCACUCACAGUGUGUUUCAUCCUUACAUCACCCAGAGGUUUGAGUUGCACUCUGCAGAGUGAGUAAUGUGCAGAAUGAAAGGACGUUUUCACAGUCACUUGCAGAAGGGACAGUUUCCCUGCAUGUGCUCACGUUAAAUCUCAGUUUAAAAGGUACUGUGUGUACAUAUGAGCAGCUCAAGACAGCUCUUGUCCAGUAAAAUAAAAUGCACUAGUAGUAGAUGUAAUUCAGAGAAUUUUAACAAGGCAAUUUUUUGUAGAAAAACCAGACACUACUAUUGAAAGUGGAGAUUUUGUAUAUGUCUUAAAACUUGGAAGUAGCUUUAAACAUAGAUUUAAGGUAAGCACUAGGGAUGGGAAUCACCAGAGGCCCUACCAUACGAUAUAUUAUUGCAAUUUAAAAUAAAUUGUGAUAUUCUGCGAUAAAUUGCAAUUCAUUACCUUUUUUAAAACUUCAAAUGAUGUCCUCAAAGUACGAGGGAAGAUGUCAACAUCUGUUUUAUCUAUAAACAUUUUUUUAUUUUUUUUUAAAGAUUUGUUUUUUCAUUUCACUUAAAAAACUCAGCGGCACCAUCUUGGACUGAAAAAGCAAUUGAUUUUUAUUAUUCCUGCGUCAGAAAGCUCUUUCAAAUGUGCAGUCAUUCAAAAAAGAUUGAUACUUGACGUCCGUGUGUUGAUACAGUAUUGCUGCAGGAAAUAUUGCGUUACUAUGCUGUUUUGAUUUUUCUCUCCCACCCGUAGUGAGCACAGGGAAACAAAAUGCACGACUGUGAAAACAGACUCUGCACAGUGAUGCUCAAACAAGCGAGUGAAGUAACAAUAACAGAACGUAUUGGGAGUGGGGGGGGGGGGGGGGGUCUUUAAUUAUGACACCUAGUCAGACUGUGAAGGAUGUGGUCCUCACAAAGAUAGACAAACAGGAGCACACACACACACAUACAUACAUACACGCAUACAUACACACAUACAUACACACAUACAUGCAUACAUACAACACACAUACAUACACACAUACAACACGCAUACCAACAUAUACACACACCACACACACACACACACACACACAUAUACAUAUACAAACACCACACACACACCACACACACACCCACACACACACACACACAUUCUGAAAGCAGUUGUCUUUGGAGCUGUUUGACAGCACGGCGAGGCAGAGCGUCCCUCUCUAAAUGACCAAUCAGCUGAGUCCCAGGGGCCACCCACUGAAGUCGGCCAACUCUGAAUUGCCCCCCACCCCCACCCUUUCACCCCCCUCCUGAAUUCCCGUCCCCACCGCCACUUCACUCCUCCUAACUUGACUUUCUCUACAGAACCCAAACCCGGAGAGGUGAACAGACUCCUUUAGCUUAACCUUGAAGACUCAGAACCACAUCCAACCGUCUGUUAAAGCAAUAGAUGGCGGGGACUCGUUCCUUCAGCGGUGCGGAGGGCAGGCUCGCCCACUGGGAGAACGGCGAUGAAGUGCAACAUAGAAGUAGGAUUUAAGGACAGAAUAUAGAUAAUUUCUUAAACGCUGUGUGUCCGUUUUUGGGGCUUAAUUCAAAAACGUUAGUAGUCGGUGUCCUGUGAAAUCAUCCUCUGGGUUAUUGUAUAAUAUCGAAAACUUAAGUGUCACUUUCCCAAAUCUGGUCUGCUGAUAUUUUCCUUAUUGUCAACAAAUCCUAUUUAUAAAAAAGACCAAAACGAACAAUGACUUAAUCCACUAACAAGUAUUGUGCGUAUAUCCAAAGGCUUGAUAUAAAUCCUCUUCCUCUGUGCCAAAGAGCUCCGUUGUUGUCCAAAUACUAUUAAAACCACGUCAGUGAGA